CGCUUUCAGUUCUACAGUCGUCGCUGACGUCAGGAGGUGAAGAAACAGCGCCGAAGCGUUUCUCGUGUGUUUCUUUUAUCUUCGUCUCAAACGUAGUUUUAUUCAGUAAGAAUCAACUUUAUUCUUGACGCUAAGACUGACCGCGGUUACACUGGAAUACGGCUCGACGUGUAUGGACGGACACAGCGAGAACUGUUGGACUGUCAACGGCCGCGAUCCCAUUGCGGGCACGCGUAGAACUGCUGAAUAACACUGUGUACGCGCACAGAGGAGGAGUGAAACGCGGACGGUAUGGAGUCCGUGGACGCGCAUUCAGCCGCUGUCGUGGUUCAUAUAGAGAACUUCAGCUGGAAUCCCACCGAGAAAGCAGAACUUGAAUUUAUCGAGAUUCCAAAAAUGGAAACCAUCUCUUCAAACUGGAAUCUGAGUCCAGUCUGUGAGAGGCAGGAAUCUGCCGGAAAUUCAAGAAGAGUGCGGAGACAUUGUGAUUUACAGUGUAGACCAGUUGGUGGCGGUAAUGCUCCAAGUAGUUUACAACAGCACAGAAGAAGAAGAGAAACAGGAAGUGGACAGUUGGAACACAGAUCGAGGAGGUGAUAAUAAUGAGGAGGAACAUGACUCUUUCUGUUGUCCUGAUCCUCAUGACAAUCACUGAAGGCAUCACGGGAAUUCAUUAUGUCACCUGCCUGAUCAAGUCAGUCCAGGGAGAAGAAGGUGAUGAUGUUCUGCUUCAGUUUGGUCUGGAUCCAUCAGUGGACUUGCUAGAUCACAUCCUGUAUGUUAUCAGAGCUGACCUCGGGGAGAAUGUAGUCCACUCUUAUCGUUACGGAAAGGACGAUACUGGUCCACAGAUGUCUCAGUACAGGAACAGGACAAUUUUCAUCUAUGAUCCGAGCAGAAGGAUCCUGGUCCGGCUGAUCUCUGCAAAGAUGUCAGAUAGUGGACAUUAUGGCCUGAUCAUCCCAGAACUGACACAGAGUUGUACCAUCAAUGUUACUGUUGUGAGAAAAGACCAAGACAACAGGACAAACACAACGACCAUCGAGUCAGAGAAACCUGGAGCUGAGGAGAUGAAUGUUGGUGCCAUUGUUGGUGGUGUUCUCACUAUUGUUGCUCUUAUUCUUGUCCUCAUUAUUCUCAGAGUCCUGGUGAAACGUAGAAAUCUCUGGAUGAAGAAGAAGCAGGAAGCAGAGAAAACACCAAACAUCUCUGAGAUGGAAAAGCUGGAGACGACAUCAACAGAAGGAGAUGAAGAGCUGCACAGAGCUGCAGAAAACGCUUCAGGAAACUUCCUGAAAGAGGUGUAGUUGUUGUUGAUGAACUGUCUGGACUGAGACAUCAAAACUAUUCAAGCUUCAAAUUUCCCAGUAAAUUAUAAUUCCAGUUUCCAUCUCACUGCACCGGUGAACAUCCAGGAUUUGGACAUUGAGAUCAUGGAGUAAAGAUACCUGGGUGUUUACAUCAACAGUAAACUGGACUGGUCUCACAACACCAACACCCUGAACAAGAAGGACCAGAGUCGUCUCCACCUGCUGAGAAGACUGAGGUCCUUCAGAGUGUGCAGGUCACUGCUAAGGACUUUCUAUGACUCUGUGGUGGCCUCUGCCAUCUUGUAUGCAGUGGUCUGCUGGAGCAGUGGAUCCUCAGAGAGAGACAGGAAGAGACUGAAGAAGCUGGUCAGACGGGCCGGCUCUGUCCUGGACCGCUCUGUCCUGGACUGCUCUCUGGACUCCAUUGAGGAGGUGGGUGAGAGGAGGCCAAGCUGACGUCUAUCAUGGACAACCCCUCCCACCCCCUGUAUGAGACUGUGGGAGACCUGAGCAGCUCCUUCAGUAAAACACUGCUGCAUCCACGGUGGAAGAAGGAGCUCUACCACAGGUCAUUUAUCCCAACAGCCAUCAGACUGUACAACACCAGACUGACCCACAACAAACCUGAAACUCUGGACUCCACUUUCUGCUCAAUGUAUCUGCACAUACUUCUUCAUCUACCCCACUGAUUAUCACCAUUUUCCUACAUUACAAACUGCACAUUUCUGUUUAUUACACAGACUUUUAAUGCUGACUUCUGCACUUUCAUUUUUUUUUUUUUACCCUUCUGUGCCUUUUUAAUAUUAUGUUUUUAUUUUUUAAUGUUAUUUUUUUUGUCACUCUUGUUUCUUGCUGCUGUAACAUGUAAAUAAGUGGGAUAAGUAAAGUCUGUCUUAUCUUUUUAGGGCACGUUGUAAAAACAGCUCCAGUCACCAAGGAGCUCCGUCUUAAACUGUGUUGUUGUUCUUUCUGAAUCACACCUGCAUCAAUGAAGAUUUGAAAACGACAACACUGAAAAUAAAACAAGUCAAAACAAAAA